CCUGAAGAGCGACGGUCACGGUCAACACCGCCAAAGGAGGUCAGUCUUCGACGACCAGCAGCUUCUUCUAUCCGAAAGAAAAAAAUUUCGACGAGCGGCAUGAAUUUUUGGUUGCUGUGCGGUGCAUUUAUCGCUUUGUUCGUUUGUUCGGUGGCGCAAAAUUUUUAUUUCAUAAAGUCAUGUUACAAAGAUGAUGAAAACGUCAAUGCCUGCAUCAGGCAAUCAACGAAUUUCCUCAUUGCGAAUAUUAGGAGAGGGAUUCCGGAAUUGGACAUUUACGAUCCCGAACCAAUCGUCAUUGACCAAAUACAGCUAGCCCUUGGCACGGGCCCAGAUGGAUAUAGAGCUACAUUUAGAGAUAUAGAGGCCUAUGGUGUUAGCAAUAUUACCGUUACAGCAGUUAGAUCAGAUAUAAGUACCAAUCAGUACCAAUUUACAAUGUAUAUACCAAAGAUCACAGCCAAAGCGAGAUAUGAAUCUAGUGGAGUUCUGAUAUUAGUACAAGCAUCAGGAGGAGGAAACUAUUGGGGAGAAUAUGAGGGUGUGAAAAUUAAAGCGUACUUAAGAGGCGCGCCCAAAGAAAUAAACGGAAGGCAAUACUUAACUGUACAGCAGAUGAAAAUGGACUUCAGCGUGAAAGAUAUUAAAAUGGGUGUAGACGGCAUUCAUAACGGAAAUACUGUCUUGCAGGCCGCUUUGAACUUGUUCAUCAAUUCCAAUUCCCAAGAACUGCUGAAGGAAAUGAAACCGCACCUGAAGAAGAAACUUCUUGUACUUAUGAGAAACUUCGCUGAUAAAAUAUUUUCUACAGUACCCUACGAUUCGUUCUUAGUUUAAUACAGAUGCACUAAAUUUAUGCUCUGUUUUCUAAGCACCUCUCUAGUGCUCUAAAAAAUAGAGUUUAGUUAGAUAUUUAAGUAUUGUGAUUAUUUAUAAAUUAGUUAUUUAUAGAAUAUAGCUAAUUUUUUUGCAACUUUAAAU